AUACAGUGUCCGGACCCAUUUUGCUACUGGGUGGUAAAGUUCUUUUAGCGUGUAUUUUCAAAAUAUUUUAAUUGACAAUAAUAGGAGAGAAUGAUUCAAUUUCAACUAAAUUCAAACAAUGAACUCAUUUCCAUGCCUUCUUGUGGAUUGGGUACGUAUAAAGUUACUGGAGAGCAGAUGUAUGACUUAUUAGAUGCAGCUUUAAAUGCUGGUUAUCGUCUUUUCGAACCGAGAGAGCAUGGCAAAGCAAGAGAAUCUUUGUGUUCAUCUUUAAAAAGAUUAUCCAUGGAUUAUGUCGACCUGUAUUUAAUUCACUGGCCAGGAGCUCAUGGUAAGAAACCUAACGAUUCGGAACAUAAAGAAGCUAGAAGACAAAGCUGGCUUCAAAUGGAAGAAUUACUGAAAGAAGGAAAAGCAAGAGCAAUUGGUGUAUCCAAUUAUACAAUAAACCAUUUAGAGGAGAUGUUAAAGUUCUGCUCAAUUAAACCAGCUGUUUUACAAGUCCUGGCUAACGAUGUCAUCUUGAAUUUGGCAAAAAAGUAUAAUAAAUCGCCAGCAAAUAUUGCUUUAAGAUGGGGAAUUGAGAAUGAAAGUAGUGUUAUACCAAAAUCAACUAAUCCCGAACAUAUUAAGAACAAUAUUUGUCUGUAUGAUUUUGCACUGACCACCGAAGAUUUGAACCAGAUAGCUAAACUUGAUAAAGAUUGUCACUUUUGUUGGGAUCCUGUUGAUAUUUUGUGA